UCCGUGCGGUUCUUUGCGAUUGGUGGACUUUAGACCUUGAUCCAACAGAGAACCACAAGAGCUGCACCAUUGUCAAAAGACGGAAGAGAGAGAGAGAGAGUUUAAAAAAUGGCAAAAUUUCUCUCCCAGGAUCAAAUCAAUGAGUUCAAGGAAUGUUUCUCUCUCUAUGAUAAGAAACAAAAUGGGAAGAUCAAGGCCAGUGAUCUUAUCAUGGUGAUGCGCUGCUUGGGGACAAGUCCCACCCCUGCAGAGGUGGGAAGGCAUCUUCAGCUACACAAAGUUGACACUAAUGCAGAACUGGACUUUUCAACUUUUCUUAACAUCAUGUACAAGCAAAUGCAGCAAGAAGAUCCUAAGAAUGAAAUCCUCCUAGCCAUGUUAAUGGCUGACAAACAGAAGACUGGAUUCAUCACAGUGGCAGAACUAAGGGCAAAACUGAUGAACCUAGGAGAAAAGAUGUCCAGGGAAGAGGUGGAUAACCUUUUAAAGGAUGCCAACGUGGGACACAAUGGAAUAGUAAAGUAUGAAGACCUAGUUCGAUCAAUCACUCUUCCUGUUCCUGACUACUGAAUUAGGAAAGAACUGAGAUGAUGGAAACUACUCACCAUUGUUACUUCAAAUAUUGUAUUUUAAUGAAGGGUCCCUUUAAAGGAGGAAGGUGGGGUAAAAAUACUUCAAAUAAAUGCAUAAAUAAACUACAGUGGCUUGCAGCAUUCUUUUGGGCACUUUUGAAACUUGCUCAUAUACUGUUUACUUGCAUUAAAAAAAACAAAUGUUUUG